UGGCACAGGAAAGCUUCCUUCCAUAACGUCCGCGAGUUGUCCGAUCGUCCAGGCGGUGGUCGUUUACGUGAAGCGACAGCGCAUCGCCUACUGACAGAGCGCAUGCUCCCGCAUUUCCGGUACGCUCCCCGUGACGUCAUAAACUCAAGUCACCUGUCUUGGACAUCGUCGUGUUUACGGUCUGAAAAUGUCCUGCUCCGCGGCGGUGUUUCUGCUCAUCGGCUCCCUCUUUAUGAGUCCUGGCGACUCCAGGUUCAUCUUCAACCCCGCGGAACAAAACAUUUGUGCAGAAUGCCAUCAGAUCCUUGGAAUGUCUCCGAACUUGAUCUCCAGCAGGGAUGCUAAGGAGAGCGUGUACGAGGCCUUGCAGGCUCUGUGCCACUACCUCCCACCGCCCGACGUAUCCAAGUGCGAAUCUAAUGUCAAGCUCUUCCUGCCAAAGAUCCUGAUGCAGACCCACCUGAAAUCAGAAGACACCUGCGCCACCUUUGGACUUUGUCCUGCCGAAAACAAGAGAGAAGUGUUGGAAGUUCCCCUGGAAGAAAUCACUUCCCUCAGUCAACAGUCCAGCCGUCAUCAGCAGUUCAAUCCCGCCUGUUCGCUCUGUCUCUUUGUCAUCAAGAAGCUGGAGACUCUUCUGCCCCAAAAUAUGACUGAGGAAACUCUGAUGAAGCUGAUGGGGGAGGUGUGUGAGCUCAUCCCAGCGGGCUACAAAGACCAGUGUGAUGACUUUGUGGACAAGUACGGUGUCCAGAUAGUGGAGUUCCUCCUGUCCUCGGCUGCCCCACACACUAUAUGCACCCUCCUGCACAUCUGCCUGUUCAAGGACACAGGUGCUCCAGAAGCUUCUGUUCCCUCUGACUGUGAGUUCUGUCGCACCCUGGCUGUGCUCAGCCGAAUCCACCUGAGUCCCAACUCCUCCCGACCACAGACCUCGCUGUUCCUCCGCUCUGUGUGUGAGCUUCACCCCAACGCCAUUCCCAAGUGUGAAGCAUUCACAAGUCUCUAUGGAUCCCAGCUGCUGCCGGUUUUGGGAAACCAAAUGGCGACACAAGAUCCCUGUGAGGGAGUGAAUCUGUGUGUCGCCAAGAAGAGCGUGGAGCCGCUGGGACGGAACCCGUGCACUUGGGGGCCAAGUUUCUGGUGCAAAGAUGUGGAAACUGCACAGAAAUGCCAUAAUUUGGCCUUCUGCGAGAAACACGUGUGGAGGAAGAGUCCGUAGACCGACCAGUCACACUGAAACCUUUUCAUUUGCACUGUUUCUGAAUGAGCCUGUGAUGUUGAGUGUACUUUUCAUUUUUACAUACUUGCACUUGAUUACCAAACUAUCAACUCGCAUGAUGCUGAAGUGCAGCUGCUCAUUUCACCAAUAGCCGUGAUCAUGUUGGAUGCUCCAUCAUGUGCUUUUACAGCAGUGUGGUGAGGAAAGAACAACACAGGACGCUGGUAAAAGACACCGUGCUGGAGCUGGUUUAUUGAGAAAUGUAAAAAGUUCAGACACAACAUUAUUUUAGCACAGAAAUGCUUCAGCACUGUCACUCAGAAUGUUUUAAAAUCCAGGGUCCACUUUCUGCUUCUUUCAUGCUCCUGUGUGGCUGUUGGCGUCCGCUGUUUCCUUUCGCUUCCAGAUCUACAAGAGAACGUGAAUCUGACUCUCAAUACGAGAAUUAAAUUCAAAACAAACAUCGACUUGUCUUUCAUU